AUCGCCAACGACAUAACGUUUAUAAGAAGCUAUGUGACCUGGAGAGGAGCUCCACUCUGGACCAGGAGGAGUUAGAACCUCUGCAGGGGAAACAAGAACAGGAAGAGCCAGAUGAUCAACAGAGAAAAGAAGAGCAGGAGGAUUCAUAUUAGAAUUCACACUGGUGAAAAGCCGUUUCCAUGUGUGAACUGUGGAAAAAGUUUUAGUCAUAAACAGAAUUUAACUCGGCACAUGAUGAUUCACACUGGUGAAAAGCCGUUUUCAUGUGUGAACUGUGGAAAAAGUUUUAGUCAUAAACAGAAUUUAACUCGGCACAUGAUGAUUCACACUGGUGAAAAGCCGUUUUCAUGUGGGAACUGUGGACAAAGUUUUAGUCAAAAGCAUCAUUUAACUCGGCACAUGAUGAUUCACACUGGUGAACAGCCAUUUUCAUGUGGGAACUGUGGACAAAGUUUUAGUCGAAAACAGAAUUUAACUCAGCACAUGAUGAUUCACACCGGUGAAAAACCGUUUUCAUGUGGGAACUGUGGACAGAGUUUCAGUCAAAAACAGACUUUAACUCGGCACAUGAUGAUUCACACUGGUGAAAAGCCGUUUCCAUGUGGGAACUGUGGACAAAGUUUUAGUCAAAAACAGGAUUUAACUUGGCACAUGAUGAUUCACACCGGUGAAAAGCCGUUUCCAUGUGGGAACUGUGGAAAAAGUUUUAGUCAUGAACAGAAUUUAACUCGGCACAUGAUGAUUCACACUGGUGAAAAGCCGUUUUCAUGUGGGAACUGUGGACAAAGUUUUAGUCGAAAACAGAAUUUAACUCAGCACAUGAUGAUUCACACUGGUGAAAAACCGUUUUCAUGUGGGAACUGUGGACAGAGUUUUAGUCAAAAACGGGCUUUAACUCAGCACAUGAUGAUUCACACUGGUGAAAAGCCGUUUUCAUGUGGGAACUGUGGACAAAGUUUUAGUCGAAAACAGAAUUUAACUCAGCACAUGAUGAUUCACACUGGUGAAAAACCGUUUUCAUGUGGGAACUGUGGACAGAGUUUUAGUCAAAAACGGGCUUUAACUCAGCACAUGAUGAUUCACACUGGUGAAAAGCCGUUUUCAUGUGGGAACUGUGGAAAAAGUUUUAGUCAAAAACAGAAUUUAACUUCGCACAUGAUGAUUCACACUGGUGAAAAGCCGUUUUCAUGUGGGAACUGUGGAAAAAGUUUUAGUCAUAAACAGAAUUUAACUCGGCACAUGAGGUGUCACAUAGGUGAAAAGCCGUAGAACUAUUUUCCAUAUUUGUCCUAUGUUGAGUUUCAUUAUAAAAGUCAUUUAGAUGAAAACUGGAGGGCUUUCUUGUUUAUAACGUGGGAAAAUGGUUUAAGUUUCUAAUUUGUUAAAUGUGAUAAUUUGGAUCUUGGCAUUUGGAUACUUAGAGAUGUACAAUAUGAAUUUGAAGUAUUGAUUUGCAUUAUUCUGUAUGGAAAGAAUGAGUGGGGUGAAUGAGGUUUACUUUAAUACAUUUUUAAUCCAAAAUAAAAUGUGCUGUUGUGCA